ACAAGUGGACUGGAAAGUAAAGAAAAGUGUUGAGUCACUUCAGGGUCCGCGCGCCUCUGCUUUAGCGGCCCCACAGCAGCCCUGAGUCCAGAGCAGCGGGGACAGACCGGGCUGAGUCAGCCCGCAGGAACCAGGAAGUCAACCCAUCCCUGGUUCAGCAGUAAACACGUACAGCAGCGAGCAGGAGCAGUCAUGUCAGCUUCACAACCAGAGCUGAGGCUGGUGGUGCUCGGCCGGACGGGGGCAGGGAAGGCGUCAGCGGUCUCCGCCAUCCUGGGCCUGCAGGACACCCAGCAGGGCCCAGAAGCCGCCGUCACCCAGGAGUGCAGCAAACACAGAGGAGAGGCUGCAGGCAGGCAGGUGGUGGUAGUCUCGAGUCCAGCCUGGUUCGACUCACACUGCGACCCAGCAGAAAGAAGAAGACACAUAUCUUCCUUUAUCUCCUUAUCCACUCCUGGUCCACAUGCCUUCCUGCUGUGUGUCCCUGUGAACCAGCCAGCUGAUGGAGAGGCCAAGGCGCUGGAUGUCCUGACGGAGCUGUUCGGCCCCUCCGCGGUCAGAACGCACACCAUCAUACUCUUCACCCACACCGAGGAGCUGGACGAGGACGAGAGGCUGGAGGAUUACCUCGUGGCCUGGCGGAAGGACCUCGGGGAGCUGGUGGAGAGAUGCGGCGACCGCUACCACACCCUGGAGACCUGCAGCGGAGGAGCGGCGGUGGGGAAACUUGUGGAGGAGCUGCUGGAGAAGGUGGAGCAGGCUGUGGCGGAGAGCGGGACGCAACACUUCAGCUGCCCUCUGUACCAGGAGGCCGAGGAGAGAGUGAGGGGAAGGCAGGUGGAGAUGGUGAGGCAGAGGAGAGGAAAGGAGGAGUCCCCACCGGAGGACGACGUGACAGAGGAGGAAAUGGAAGCAGCACGGGAGGAGGCGGAGAUGAGCGUCGAUGACCUGGAUGUGGAUGUGGAUAGGAUCUUCCCCUCCGCCGGCGUCUCUCCUUCCUCCGCCGCUCCCUCGUUUCUGUGGGUCUUGUGGGAGAAGCUGACGUGCUGGACCAAGUGGCUGCCCUCCUUUGUGAGAAGGGAGGCCCUGCUGGGAGCCCUGGUGGGCCUGUUUGUGGGAGGGCCAUUCGGAGGUAUGAUGGGGGCCACUGUGGGAUCGGUGGCUACUGAGGUGAAGAGAAGACACACACAGAAAACUAAAUGAGGGAUAGUCUGGUGUUUAUGCAUUAGGUUGCACUUUAAAGUCCUUCCACUGUAUUCAGCACACCCACCAGUGUAUUCCUGAGCUAUUAGCUUGCCAGCUAGCAAUUCCUGAAACAAUAUUUAUGUUUGACCACCAAGCACCAGUUUUCUACUUCUAGAUGUGCACCACUUUCUAGUGAAGCAAGCUGUAUGAACUGUAUUAUCUAAUGGCUUGUUAAUAAUUAAUAAAGCAUGCUUCAUAGAUCAGUAAUAAGUCUUUAUUAGAGCAACAGAUGGGUUGCCAGGUUUGAAAAUCCCUUUUGGCUGGUGUGUAAGUUCCUCUAGCUCUUUUCAGUUAGCUUAGUUAUUCAUCUUGACAGCUGAACUUAUUCGGAACAUGUUCUAAAUGCAAAUGAUUAAUCAAGUCGUGUUCUGCUACAGUGCUCCAUUAUGUCCGCAGAUGUCAACCUGCUAUUUUGGGUUUUUGGCCACUUGGGAGCAGCAGAAACAAGCUUUGUAAAACACCCCACUGACAUUACACCGUCCUUUAUGGUGAUAAUACAAACUUGUCAGUGAGCUGUCACCUUUUUUAACUGACCAUAGACGAGGGUUAGGGUCUUUUUUUUUUUUUUUUUUUUUUUGCUUUAAAGCUGCUGUCAGUGAUAUUUUUAUUACAAUAAUUGUUAAAUAGCUCUUUAUUCUGACAUUAAUCACUGUCAGUGUUGGGUCAGUGACCUUUGUCUCUCCUUAUACAGUAGAAGAGAAAAGAUAUUUUCUGCUAUCCCCGCCCACUUUAUCCAAUCAGGACAGAGAUCUCCACAGGGAGGCGCUCCUGUCUGCUUGUGAAAGUGCAGAGUUUGCUGCUGUGUCAUCUGCAUCAUAAAACACCAUCAGCGUUUCGAUCAGUUGCCUAUAAACCCUGCUUUACUAUGCAAAUUCAAGUUGUCUGUUUCCUCUUAUCUGGCCAUCUGAUUAACACGGGUCCAGAUUAACUCCCGGUUUUAGCUCUACACCAACCUGUGAGAGGGAACCAAUAGAAUAAAGUUGGGGGUCCGGAAAUAAACUAAAAAACAAAACAAUGGGCUGAAAAACACUAAACAAAGCUCCACAGAGCUGAGAGGAACUGCUGAAACAGGCAAUACUUGUGUGUGGGUUUGUCAUUAUUAGAAAGCUCUUUCACAUAAAAGUGGAGAGUUUAUCCACUGCUAAAAAUUAUCGAGUAACUAAAAACUAAAACUGUACACCAGCCAAAAAGACUCUUCAGAACAUGGCAACACACAAGUUGUCCUUAUAGGCGGGUUAUUAGAUCUGUAAGUACACAAUACAUUAUUUAUCAACCACUGAAAUCUUAUCAGUAUCAACCUUUCAAACCUAUUUUAGACUGUUUACAAAGUGGAAAAAAAACUUUUAUAAAGAGGUAAUACCAUGAAGCAUCCACAGGGGGGAGCCAUUGACCCUUACAUCAGAGUUUACACGUAUGAGCUGAAUUGAAAGAUAAUUAUUUACUGCCUCCCAAGCAAAUAAAAGCUGGUGUUUUAAGUACA